UUACUGGGUGGCAACCUUCGGUUUAUUUAGUAUAUCAAUCAAAUCAAAUAUAUUAAAUUAAUAAGUAUUUUGAAUAUCAAAUAUAUAUAUAUAUAUAUAAACAUCAGGCAGUAAUGCAAAAGAUGCAAAAAUAUAGUAAGCUUCGCUCCCUGGGCGUCGUAACAGCGGGCGCGACGGCGCUGUGCUUUGGCAUCACAGUCUACCAGAAUCAGGAUCAUCUAAUCCGCACAUUUGUUAUGCCGGCUGUGCGUUUAUUGCCGGCGGAGACCAGCCACAAUUUGGCCGUGUGGGCGUGCAAAUAUCGCCUUUAUCCCGCCUCGGACUACAUGGAUGACAUGAAUUUGCAUAACUCGUUUUUUGGCCGGCUUAUUAGCAAUCCCAUUGGCAUAGCAGCUGGUUUUGAUAAAAACGGCGAAGCUAUUUGUGGUUUGAAGGAUUUGGGAUUCGGUUUCAUUGAAAUUGGCAGCGUGACGCCGUUGGCGCAGGAUGGAAAUCCUAAGCCGCGUGUUUUCCGACUGAUCAAUGAUCGGGCGAUUAUUAACCGCUAUGGCUUCAAUAGCGAUGGCCACGAAGUGGUGGCUGAGCGUCUACGCAAAUUGCGAGAACGGGAGGAUUUCAAUGCCGUCAUUGGUGUCAAUUUGGGACGCAAUCGGGACACUCAAACGCCAGUCAACGAUUACGUAGCGGGCGUCAGGACAUUUGGUCCCGUUGCCGACUAUCUGGUUGUGAAUGUGAGCAGUCCCAAUACCCAUGGACUCCGGGAUUUACAGAGCAAAGCCAAGUUGACGGAACUCCUGGUGGCUGUGAAUAAUGCACGUGCCGACCUCAAGAAUUAUGAAAAGGUACCCGUUCUGUUGAAGCUAUCGCCAGAUCUGGAUUUGGAUGACAUGAAGGAUAUCGUAGAGGUCCUUAACAAAAAGCAAUGCCGCGUCGAUGGCUUGAUUGUGUCCAACACGACCGUGGCACGCGAUAAUAUCACAGACAUUAAGUUUGUCAACGAGAUGGGAGGCUUAAGUGGCGAACCACUGCGGGCACGAUCCACCAUGCUGAUUGCCCAGAUGUACGCAUUGACCAAGGGUAACAUUCCCAUCAUUGGCGUCGGUGGUGUCUCCUCUGGCCAGGAUGCCUUCGAGAAAAUCGAAGCGGGCGCAUCCUUUGUACAAAUCUACACGGCACUUGCGUACGAGGGACCCGAUGUAGUCGAUCGUAUUAAGGAGCAGCUAUCCUCGAAGCUUAACGAGCGUGGCUUUUCCAAUGUCCGGGCCGCUGUUGGUUCAAACUACAAGCAAUAUUUACCCUCGAAAUGAUCACUGCACAAAUCUCAGGCAAUUAAAUUGUGUGUAUAUAUUUUAUGAAUUAAAUCGUACUAUGUAUUUUCAUUGGCUCGCUGUACAUUGAGCACGCGACCCUCUAAAAA